GGAGCGGCGCGAGCGGCCGGAGCGGCGCAGGGCCCGAGGCGUGCAUGGCGCGCCCUGAGCCCGGCUCCAGCCGGCCUCCUCGGAGCACCCCCGGGUCGCAGCAGCUCUUGGGCGGACCCCUCUCGGCCGGCUGCAUCUGAGACCUGGCCCUCGAUCUCUGGAUGCCGCACUGCCCGGGAGAAGCCCGCCUGCUUCGGGGCACAACGGCGGCGGCGCUGCGCCGGAUUCCGCCCUCCGCCUAGUCCUUCUGCGCCCGGCGGCGGCUGGCCCGCCGCCCGCGGCGAGGAGCCUGGGGCUUACGGAGUCGGCGCGGCAGCCCUCCUGGGCCAGCGGGUCCGGGCCAGCCCCUCUCGGUUUGGGGGGAAGGGGGAGGCGAGAGGGGAAGGGCCGCGCCACAGGAGCCGGUCCUCGCCCCCGCCCCCUGCACGGACGCGCUGAAAGCUCGGCUCGCUUUCGCGGGGGCCUCGCUCCCACUCUCGCUGCGGGAGGUGGGGGAUGCGGGCGACGGCCCCCUUGGGCUCCAGGACCCACCCCCCAGGGCCCCGGAGCUGUUGCUCCGCCCGCCGCCCCCUCCCCCGUCCUCUCCACCCCCCAUCCCACCUCCCCACCCCUCGUAAGAAAAUAAUGCUGCCUGGCUCCCGCACCUCCCAGUCGCUCCUGGUCCGCCGCGAGGAAAGGGUACCCGCUCGGUCUCCACGCCGGGACCCCCGCCUCGCCGCCCUAGCCGCCGCCUCGCCGCGUGUGCCGCUGGGCCCCGCUUAGACAGAAUCUGCGAGUGCCGCGCCCCGGCAUUGCCAGUCCCGGGGAGGCGCCGCCCGCAAGGACACCUCUCCGUCCCGCCUUGUCCGCAACAACUCCGGUCCUCGUCGAGCUCGACGCGAACCAGGAGUCCAGACGUCCCUCUGCGCGCGGCGCAGCCGCUCGAGCAGUCCCAGCUGCCCCAGCUCGGAGCCAACUCCAUCUCGGACCUGGGACUCCGGACGAGGAUUCUCAGCCACUUAUCACCUCGGGGCUGUGCCUGCCUACCCGCUUGCCCUCCUGCUGCUCUUCUUCUCCGCUCAGGACGGGGGUGCCAAGAUGCCCCGCUGCUGCGCAGGGCCCCGGGCCGCCCUCGACGUGUGACCCCAGCCUGGUCCCCCUGCUCGGCCAUCCGCCGUCCCCUUGGAGACCCCCGGCCCGACCCCGGGGGGAAGAGGAAGAAGACGACGAGGCCGAGGGGGGGAUGUCCGGCUCCAAAAGCGUGAGCCCCCCGGGCUACGCGGCGCAGACAGCUGCGGCGCCGGCGUCCCGGGGAGGCCCGGAACACCGUUCGGCGUGGGGGGAGGCGGAUUCCCGCGCCAAUGGCUACCCCCACGCCCCCGGGGGUUCGACCCGCGGCUGCACCAAGAAAUCCGGGGGGGCGGUGACCCCGCAGCAGCAGCAGCAGCAGCGCUUGGCUAACCGCUGGCGCAGCGACGACGACGACGACCCUCCGCUGAGCGGCGACGACCCCCUGGCCGGGGGCUUUGGCUUCAGUUUCCGCUCCAAGUCCGCCUGGCAGGAGCGCGGCGGCGACGACUGCGGUCGCGGCAGCCGCCGGCAGCGGCGGGGCGCGGCCGGCGGGGGCAGCACCCGGGCGCCCCCUGCGGGCGGCGGUGGCGGCUCGGCGGCUGCAGCUGCCGCGACCGGCGGGACGGAGGUGCGCCCUCGCUCGGUGGAGCUGGGCCUGGAGGAGCGGCGGGGCAAGGGCAGCGCGGUGGACGAGCUGGAGGCCGGCGCCGUCGAGGGCGACGAAGGGUCUGGGGAUGGCGGCAGCUCGGCAGAAUCAGGCGCGGGGCCCGGCGCAGUGCUGUCGCUGGGCGCCUGCUGCCUGGCGCUGCUGCAGAUAUUCCGCUCCAAGAAGUUCCCGUCGGAUAAGCUGGAGCGGCUGUACCAGCGCUACUUCUUCCGUCUGAACCAGAGCAGCCUCACUAUGCUCAUGGCCGUGCUGGUGCUCGUGUGCCUCGUCAUGUUGGCCUUCCACGCGGCGCGGCCCCCGCUCCAGCUGCCCUACCUGGCAGUGCUGGCGGCUGCGGUAGGUGUCAUCCUCGUCAUGGCUGUGCUCUGCAACCGCGCCGCCUUCCACCAGGACCACAUGGGCCUGGCCUGCUACGCGCUCAUCGCCGUGGUGCUGGCCGUCCAGGUGGUGGGCCUGCUGCUGCCCCAGCCACGCAGCGCCUCGGAGGGCAUCUGGUGGACGGUGUUCUUCAUCUACACCAUCUACACGUUGCUGCCUGUGCGCAUGCGUGCCGCGGUACUCAGCGGAGUGCUCCUGUCUGCCCUCCACCUGGCCAUAGCCCUGCGCACCAACGCCCAGGACCAGUUCCUGCUCAAGCAGCUUGUCUCCAAUGUCCUCAUUUUCUCCUGCACCAACAUCGUGGGUGUCUGCACCCACUACCCGGCUGAGGUCUCCCAGAGACAGGCCUUCCAGGAGACCCGGGAGUGCAUCCAGGCACGACUCCACUCACAACGGGAGAACCAGCAACAGGAGCGGCUCCUGCUGUCUGUCCUGCCCCGUCAUGUUGCCAUGGAGAUGAAAGCAGACAUCAAUGCCAAGCAGGAGGAUAUGAUGUUCCAUAAGAUUUACAUCCAGAAACAUGACAACGUGAGCAUCCUGUUUGCCGACAUCGAGGGCUUCACCAGCCUGGCAUCCCAGUGCACUGCCCAGGAGCUGGUCAUGACCCUCAACGAGCUCUUCGCCCGCUUUGACAAGCUGGCUGCGGAGAAUCACUGUUUACGUAUUAAGAUCCUGGGGGAUUGCUAUUACUGUGUCUCUGGGCUGCCGGAAGCGAGGGCUGACCAUGCCCACUGCUGUGUGGAGAUGGGCAUGGACAUGAUUGAGGCCAUCUCGUUGGUCCGGGAGGUGACAGGGGUGAACGUGAACAUGCGUGUGGGAAUUCACAGCGGGCGAGUACACUGCGGUGUCCUUGGUCUCAGGAAGUGGCAGUUCGACGUCUGGUCUAAUGACGUCACGCUGGCCAACCACAUGGAAGCUGGAGGCAAGGCAGGGCGUAUCCACAUCACCAAGGCCACGCUCAACUACCUGAAUGGGGACUACGAGGUGGAGCCGGGCUGUGGGGGCGAGCGCAACGCCUACCUCAAGGAGCACAGUAUCGAGACCUUCCUCAUCCUGCGCUGUACCCAGAAGCGGAAAGAAGAAAAGGCCAUGAUUGCCAAGAUGAAUCGCCAGAGAACCAACUCCAUUGGGCACAACCCACCCCACUGGGGGGCCGAGCGUCCCUUCUACAACCACCUGGGGGGCAACCAGGUGUCCAAGGAGAUGAAGCGGAUGGGCUUCGAAGACCCCAAGGACAAGAAUGCCCAAGAAAGUGCAAACCCUGAGGAUGAAGUGGAUGAGUUUCUGGGCCGCGCCAUUGACGCCAGGAGCAUCGACAGGCUGCGGUCUGAGCAUGUCCGCAAGUUCCUCUUGACCUUCAGGGAGCCUGACUUAGAGAAGAAGUACUCCAAGCAGGUGGAUGACCGAUUUGGUGCCUACGUGGCCUGUGCCUCGCUUGUCUUCCUCUUCAUCUGCUUUGUCCAAAUCACCAUCGUGCCCCACUCCGUGUUCAUGUUGAGUUUCUACCUGACCUGUUUCCUGCUGCUGACGUUGGUGGUAUUUGUGUCCGUGAUCUACUCCUGCGUGAAGCUCUUCCCAGCCCCACUGCAGACCCUCUCCAGGAAGAUCGUGAGGUCCAAGAUGAACAGCACUCUGGUCGGCGUGUUCACCAUCACCCUCGUGUUCCUGUCGGCUUUCGUCAACAUGUUCACGUGUAACUCGGAGAACCUGCUGGGCUGCCUGGCGGACGAGCACAACAUCAGCACCGGCCAGGUCAACGCGUGCCAUGUGGUGGCGUCGGCCUCCAACUACAGCCUGGGGGCCGAGCAGGGCUUCUGCCACAGCCCGUGGCCCAGCUGCAACUUCCCUGAGUACUUCACCUACAGCGUGCUGCUCAGCCUGCUGGCCUGCUCCGUGUUCCUGCAGAUCAGCUGCAUCGGGAAGCUGGUGCUCAUGCUGGCCAUUGAGCUCACAUACGUGCUCAUCGUCGAGGUGCCCCGCGUCACACUCUUUGACAAUGCUGACCUGCUGGUCACCGCCAAUGCCAUAGACUUCAACAACAACAACGGGACCUCCCAGUGCCCCGAGCAUGCGACCAAGGUGGCGCUGAAGGUGGUGACGCCCAUCAUCAUCUCGGUGUUCGUGCUGGCCCUGUACCUGCAUGCCCAGCAAGUGGAGUCCACUGCCCGCCUGGACUUUCUCUGGAAACUGCAGGCCACAGAGGAGAAGGAGGAGAUGGAGGAGCUGCAGGCCUACAACAGGCGGCUGCUGCACAACAUCCUGCCCAAGGAUGUGGCCGCCCACUUCCUGGCCCGUGAGCGGCGCAACGACGAGCUCUACUACCAGUCGUGUGAGUGUGUGGCCGUCAUGUUCGCCUCCAUCGCCAACUUCUCUGAGUUCUACGUGGAGCUGGAGGCCAAUAAUGAGGGCGUUGAGUGCCUGCGGCUGCUCAAUGAGAUCAUUGCCGACUUUGACGAGAUCAUCAGCGAGGAUCGGUUCAGGCAGCUGGAAAAGAUCAAGACCAUUGGCAGCACCUACAUGGCCGCCUCAGGCCUCAAUGACUCUACGUAUGACAAGGUGGGCAAGAGCCACAUCAAAGCCCUGGCCGACUUUGCCAUGAAGCUCAUGGACCAAAUGAAGUACAUCAAUGAACACUCCUUCAACAACUUCCAGAUGAAGAUUGGGCUCAACAUUGGCCCUGUGGUGGCUGGGGUGAUCGGGGCUCGCAAGCCUCAGUAUGACAUCUGGGGCAAUACAGUGAACGUGGCCAGCCGCAUGGACAGCACCGGUGUGCCUGACCGCAUCCAGGUCACCACGGACAUGUACCAGGUGCUGGCUGCCAAUACUUACCAGCUGGAGUGCAGGGGUGUGGUCAAGGUCAAGGGCAAAGGCGAGAUGAUGACCUACUUCCUCAACGGGGGGCCCCCGCUCAGUUAGCAGCUGCUACCUGGUGAUGCCAGGCAGCCUGGCCUCCAGAGAAACAGAAAUGGCUUCUUUGUGCACCGGUGGGCAGGUGGAAGCCUGCGCUCUAGCCCACGUGGCCGCGCCGGUGAGAUUUUCCACUUUGACUCCAGAAGCAGCUUCUGCCUUUGUGGGUAGGCAGCAGCGUCCGUCCCAGGCCCCAGGGUGCCAGCGUCCUGCGAGCACCAAGCUGACCAAAGAUGUUUCCUCCGUAGAAGACUCCACUAGGCGUGAUCUGAAUCUCGAGUUUUCUAACGGGUGCCGCUGUUGCAUGGGUGGAGCGGAGCUGCCGGAGCUCUUACGGUGUGGGGCAGCCUGGCGUGUGACGACAGGGCUGAGGGGGAGGGCUCGGCAGAAGGCGGGUGGCUCGGCGGUGAGACUCUGGCCCCGGGAACCUAGGGGCCCCAGGGGUCCGGUUUCCUGUGUGAGCCUUUCAACUUCCAACAGAGGCCACGGCCCCUGCCCCAAGGAGGGGCUUUCUGGCAGGAGUGUGGGCUGUGGCUGGACUGCGGCCUUCUCCACAGUCCUCCUCCCACACCUACACACGUAGCCAAGGCCUCUUCAAGGGGAACAGAGCGAAUUGUGUGGGGGAGGUGAGAGGACUUGAAGCAAGGAGGGGUGGUUCUGAGAAAAAGAAUAUUUAUUAAAUAAAACAACUUUCUGUGCCCUUCUUUAGACUUCGCUAGUUGUAUGCAUAUGAGACCCACAAGCAAACAAAGAUCCCACUGGGGUGGGAGGGUGGGGAUCCCAACUUGUCUUUUUUGUAUUUUUGAUUUUGUACUCUUGAAAUCCUUGGAGAUCUAACAAAUAUACCAAAUUCUAUAUUUUGUAAAUUACACUAGAAAACAGCUGUGCACAGCAUUUGUACCAUACGUACGUCCGUGUGUGUACUCGUGUAGGUGUGUGUGUUUGUGCUGUUGACCUGGUCACGUACAGGAUGCCUGCUGCCCUCACUGCAGAUGCGGCAGUUUUGGGGGUUUUCCAGCUCCACCCAGAACAGGGAGCGUGUGUGCUUGGGGUGCAUGCAGAAGUGGGAAGAUGCGUGCAAACAUCACCGCAUUCAACACAGCACUUUCCUUAAGUUAAAUGCAAAUGGAAACAAAACAAAAAGCUGUUUUCCCAUCUCAGGCCCUGCUGGAACCAAGGGAAACGGCCCCAAGCCGCAGCGCACCACUGUUUUGUCUCCUCUCGGUUCCCUGAGCUGUCAGCUGUUUGCUGCCUGGGGAGAGGCGGCUCUGAGAGCUCAGGGACAGCCACAGGCGCUCAGCUGGUGUGCGGGCGGCAGGAAGCCUUACCUGCCUGACCUUCUCAGUUGGCUAUCGUGCGGGCGGCUCUCCCA